CAGCGUAGCAGCGCGCGCGCGGAAGAAAAAUCCAGUCCUCUGCUUCGUGAUGAUGUCUGCAUUCCCAUCUUGAGGCAGACAGGACGCCCGCAUUAUAGGCUUGGCUCAGUUUCUCUUCAUCAUCGCUCUUAAAAAAACACGAAAAUUAUAAGCUACUUCAUGUUGACAUGGUCAAAGAAAAAGACUUGAAAUAACAAUUCAAAGUAGAUACGGUAGGGUAGGGCAAUGCGCGCCGUAAUAUUAAAUUUGCUUGUAACAACAGUGGCCAAGGCUGCCGCUGGCACCACUAGAACGCACUGACGGGAAAAACACGCUACGACAUUGCGAAUACAGGGUAGGCUAUCUAAACGGCGAGAGGCAACUGUGAGAGCUCGCCAGGCUAAUUUGGGUUCAAGGGGAAUAAAUAUCCAAGCCUUGUAUUUCGGUCAACAUAGUUUGAUUAGUCGCGUGCACGGGUUAGUGUGGUUCUAUGCGAGCGUCGAAAUGAAUCAAAAUCGGGUUGGACACGAUGGGAAUUCGAGCAGAAUAGAUGGCAAUGGAACCGAUGGCAGUAUCGGCGGCAGCAACAUCGGUGGUACCUCCAGGCUUCAGCACUACGGUCAGCCUCAAAGUUGCCGGACCAGAGACGUGCGCGCCCAGCAGCAGGUUCGAACGCACAUCGGUUCAGUCGUGAAACAGCCGCCGCAUUCCGAACCUGCGGACUUAGUCAGACGUGCUUUGGACUUCAAGACACAGGGAACCCAGUGCUACAAGGAUAAAAAAUACAGGGAGGCGAUAGGCAAGUACCACCGGGCGCUGCUCGAAAUGAAGGGGCUGUGUCGGGUAUUUGGAGACCCCGAUGCCAGCUGCAAGUCGCCCUCUUCUACACUGGCAACUAUAAGUAAGACACCGCUAACGGAUGAACAAAAGGGUGCCAUGGAGAACGCCGAGCUCGAAUGCUACAACAGUCUGGCAGCGUGCCUGUUGCAGAUGGAGCUUGUGAACUAUGAGCGCGUGAAAGAGUACUGUCUGAAGGUGUUACGGAAAGAAGGGGAGAACUUCAAAGCAUUGUACCGUUCCGGGGUCGCCUACUACCACCUGGGGGACUUUCAAAAGGCCCUACACUACCUGAAAGAGUCGCAUAAACAGCAACCAUCAGACACCAACGUUAUCCGCUACAUCCAGUUGACAGAGAUGAAGAUCCGCCGUAGUGCUCAAAGGGAGAAAGAGGCCUUGUAAAGAGAGGCCGCCGUUGCUACGGAAACACUGCCAGGCAAGCCCCGCACCAGCAUCGCAACCUGGCAACGUCCCACACCUUUUUUUUUUUUGGAUGACUUUUCCAGAAGCCACAAAUUCCGGCCAGACCUCUCCUCUUCCACUGUGUUUUUGGGGGAAAGUCUGUAAGGUGCGCAUUUCUUUGGCUAUGUACAGUCGUUUUUGGAUCUAAACUCCAUAUUUUAUCGUUCCAAAUUUGGCCCGAUCAGAAAGCACCGUUCAAAUUCGUAUUAGCAUGUAGAAGGUAAGUGAUUUCCAUGUACAUUUGUGUACAUUUUGAAUGUACACAAAUACUAGUUACCCAGCAUGCUAACUGAAGCCUACAGCUCUCUCUGAAAAGUCUUGGUGACAAGCUGCUCAGUUCCAGCACACGCGCCUGCAUAGGUGUACCACCAGCUAAGUGAGCACCAAUACAUGCGUUGGACUUGGUUUUGCCACAGUUCACUCUAAUCUUUUGUAACCUUUUUUUUUUUUUUUUUAAAUCUCUGAAAAGGGAAUUCUGUUUUGUAGUUUUAAUGGAGCUCCCCCUGUGACCUACUGGCUUUUAUAUGUGGCACUUUUAAUCUUUUAUCCCUUAUGAUAUUUUCCCUUUGUGAUAUAGCAGCAUCUUUUUGUACAUCAGACAGGCCUUACGAAGUUCUGUGCACUAUUGUGUUUUAUCACACCGUACUUCACUAAACUGUUGGAAGUCACCUGUGUAUUUCUUAUAAAGAGUAUUAAGGUGGGUUCACUGUCACAUACUCUCUUAAAAGGGGCAGUUCAUCCAGAAAUUAAGUUAUGUCUCCACUUACUCAGAGUACUGUCUGUGCAUCCAGAUGGUUUCGCUGAGAUUUGACGAGUUCUAUAGAUAUCCGCUGCAGCUCACUCUGAUACAACAGACAUCAAUGGAUCUGUAGCUGUAGCGCCAAAAAUUAAUUUAAAAAAAAAACAAAAACUCAAGGUCUCUUUCCAAAUAUAAUGGCACAGUUACUCACAAACAUCCACAGACCUUAAUUUGUGCACGAUUUCAUCGAAAAUGACUUACCAAAGCAAACCAGUAUUCUGGGGCGCACUGCCAACAUUGUUUUAAAACAAGUAAAACUUCUGUUUCACCAAAACUUUAAUUUCAUUUUUGGUCUAACUGCCCCUUUAAAGGUAUUCAUAGUACAGGCAUUUUUCUACAAAUGAGUGUAAUUGCAUGGAAAGGCUUUAUUACCAAUUUGGAUUACCCACAGACCCUUGUGUAUGAGAUACUGAAUAUCCCUGAAUAUCCCAUGUGGAUUAUGCUUUAUCCAAAAGAUUAAUUAUAUUAGCACAACUAAUUCCUGAAGUGUACACAGUUUGUAAUGUAACCUGGGUGGACGUUUUUACUAUGUGGAUUUCCAGAAAUAUUCCCCGCAUGGAAUUAAUCAAAGAAUUAAUCCACUUAUUUGGAAAAAAUCUUAAUUGAGUGAGGUUUUUUUUUUGUGAGAUGUCCUUUCAUAUUGCAACACAAAGAUAACAGUGGUAUUUCUAACCGUAUGAUGACGCUUCUGCUGAUUAUGUAUAUAGUGUUUUCAUUCAGAGUGAUGGUCACGAGUGGUAUAUUGCUACCAGGCUUAUACAGUGAAAGGCUGUAGGUGGUUCCAGUGUUCCUCCCCACCACUGUGCUGUAUUAAUAUAGACCAUUGCUGUUGACUCAAAAAUAAGCACAUAUGCUACCCAGUCAUGUCCUGCUGAUCUCAGUAACUGCACUAAAUGAUCACUGUGUUUUUCAAUCUCAAAAGGAGGUUUUCUAGAGAUGUGAAUGUUACCUGCACGAUGGACCUAGUGUUGUUUUGGAAAGCACAGUAAGAUUGCACAUAAGAUUUGUAGCCAAUUAUAUAUGAUUAUAAAUCAAAAAUAAUUCAGAAUAUUAUUUGUAGGGUGCUUUUCGAGCGAUAGGUUCAGAGUGCUUUAAGUAACACCAUAAAACAUAAUGAAAAAAUGCCCAAAAAACAAAAUGCACAUUAUUGAAUAUUUAUCGCCAAUUCGGGAGAGGGGUGAGUGACUUGUGUCAGUUAAGCAUUUUGACGAAAAGCCGCCAAAUCUGGUUAUCAGGUCUGGUGUUAAUCACGUUUGUGAAAGAAACAUUCUCCUUAAUUACAGACAACUUUCCCUGAAACGAACACAAAAGCUUUAGUACUUUAAAAUACUAGCUUUGACAUUUUGACUGAAGCAUGUUGAAUUUGGUGCGGUAACGUUCAUUCAUUAACUUACAAUCAUUACUAUUGGUUUGUUUAUGAAAAAACUUUACAUGCAUUGACAAAAAAAGAAAGAAAAAAAACAUUUGAUGUUUGUAAGUGUUUGUGUAGGCAAGGUCGGGUCAUUUAUACUGCUGUCUCCACAAAAUAAACCGGUUGUAAUCACUAAUAAAGGUUAUUUCUACAGUAUGUUUA